AUGCCCAAAGUCGCCGUCACAUGUUGGCGCCUGUUUGGUCAAGGGCUCCUCGUCCGUGUCCAUCGGGCCCGCCGCCAGUAUCCAGUACUUGGUGCGAUGCAUCGAAACUCGCCGGCCUUAUUUACGACACCCUGCCACGACUGCCACGACUGCCACGACUGCCCUACCCUCUCGGCAUGUUUUGCUCAGCAAGCGGCCGACACCCCGAGCAGCGGAUCGCAACAGUCACGGGCCAUCCAGUCCGACACGGUCCUGUUUGAUCCCUCGGGAUGUGGCCCCGGCCCCUCGGCUCCCGAACGGCCAGUCGGCCUCCUUCGACCAAGAGAGUCAAGUCUAGAGACGGAAUCAACCUCUUUUAAAACCACGUCUGUCUGUCUUGGGAACACUUGUUCCCCUCCCAACGUAGCUGCCAUGGCCCGACCCUCCAGGUUUGGCCAUCUCAUCCACCUUGUGCGCCGGCGCUCUCUCGUCAUCCAUACCCAUCUCCGCGAGUCCUUCGACGCCGGUGGAAUCUCAUCGCAGCCCCAUCCCGGCUCUCAGUCUGGCAUCCUACAAAAGACAGCCUGCGUCGCGGUGUCUUUCGUCCCAAACAGGGGGUGCCAGUAUUGUCAUUCAUCAGUUGGUUUUCCGGACCGGAGAAUCCAGCCAGCGGGCAAUAACGGGUCAUCGGCCGCGAAGCACCCUAUCCACGACAAGCAAAGCAAGCCAUUCUCCUCAAGACGUGGAAGCUUGUGGAGCGUCGUGUUUCCCGAAGCGCGGGGACAGGCCCGUCGGUCCCCGUCUUUUCACUUCAGAUCGCAGAGAAGCAGCUCCGAGAGAAGCCUAGGGGAAAUGCUAGGCAGCACCUGGGAAAUCGACCCCGACAUCCUCGAGGGGGGCAUCCAUGCAAUUCUCGCAGCUUGUCCAUGCCCAGGCAGUAGGGUGAUGCAGCCACCGGAGACGGCAACUGGGCUGGCUGGAAACACGCCCGACGCGACCGGCAUGGCUUGGAUGGGCAAAGAGUUGUCCUGGCACGAGCGGGGAUCGUGGAAUCCAACGCAAUCUACUCCGCAGCUGGCAAACGGACCCGGUUCCCCAAGGUCGAGCUGGAAAGAGACCCCCCGAUGUCGCAGCAGGGUCGCCUGGUUCCCUCGAGAUCACUUUUACUCCUCGUGUGCGGUCACCAAGGGUGCCUUCAAAGGCCCCCUUCAACGACCAUGGAAAAAACGCCGAUGGGUUGGAAUUGCCUCCACAGCGCAUGCGCCAACGGCUCUGCGGGAAGGAACAUCUAUAAAGAGAGUCGGAACUCUUGUCAGGCAGUGGAAAACUCGCACGUCGCGGCAAGAGAUGUAG